AUGCAGUCCAAUCUCACAAGGCCGGUGUUCCGCGCAAUCAUCAAUAACGAACCACUGCGGUUCUCGCAAUGCCAGCGAACUCGCCUUAUGCGUACCAUUACCCCCAUGCGGAUACGACCUGCUAUGCCUAGCCUCUCUUACACCUCCCGGCGCAACCUCUUUUCCUUCACGAUGGGCCAAGACCCUGAUCGUCGACCAAGCACUCUGCCCUCCGAGAAAGGCCUACAGCCAAUGGCAGAUUUAUUGAGGUCACUCAAGGAUAGAAGUCGAGCUCCCCCAAGCUACCUUCUUGCAAAGGCAUUCCAAACCUUUUUCACGACGCGACUUGAAACUCCUGGAGUGAUCACUCACUUCCAUGCGCGUACGUUGAUUGUCACGUGGAAACAUCUCAGGGCCCUGCAGAAUGACUUGGACGAACAAGAUUGGCAGAAUGUGUUCUCGACCGAGAACCUUGAAAAGAUCUUACAGGUGCUCUCCGAGUGUGAGUGUGUUCCACAGGCUCGUGAGACCGUGGUCCGUCUCGCCCGGUUCGCAUACCAAGAGCUCAACCUUGAUCACGGAUUUGGUCCGAAUAAAAUCAGUCGACCGGCUCUCUCACUCUACAUCAACAUCCUGGCUAUGAAUGGCAAUCCCGAGGAUGCUAGACAUACAGUUCUCAAAUUCUGGAGCUCAAUGAGCAGAUCAAGACCGUCGCCAUGGCUCACUGUUCUCAAAGGAUUUGCGAUGAACAAUGAUCUCCGACAGGUUCGCAACAUUGUCGAGGAAUGGGGAAUCCACGGCAACAGCUUCGAUCAAAAAUCCCACCGGGAGAUCAUCGAGUUCCUCAUUGAACACGAUCAGCCCAAUGCUGUUCAACUUGUCUAUGCCUGCCCAAUUACAGGUGGUGUGCAACCAUCUUUAGACACCAAGAAAGCUGUCAUUGAAUAUUUUGUUCUCAAAUCACACGAGCACGCUGCCACAGAAAUAUUCAAUUCCAUUCAAAAUGCGCCCAGCGGGGAUGUUGUUGGCAUCAUCUUGCUUUGGGAAGCGGCCAUGGGCAGUAAUGCUUCUGACCUUGCGCAAAAGCUCGAGUCAUGGACUUUGAGCACCCCUGCGCUCAAGGAUGCCAUUACAAUUGACGUGGUCAAUACCCUUGUUCGAUAUGCUAACGCGAAGCAAAACCCGCAGUUGGCUUCGGAAUUCAUGUCGCUGGUGGGUCAAUGGGGGCUCACACCGGAUCAUCAAACCCACAUGCUUCUACUAGAGUCUCACAUCCAGGCUGGCGAUGUCGAGCAGACUUUGAGACUUCUCGAAACCAACGUCAACCCAGCGUCCCUUGCCGGUGGUUCCCUGCCGCUUGCAAACAAGCUCAUCACGAUGCUUUGUCGAUCCGAGGAAAAAGACGACUUGUUCCACCAAAUCUCAUCCCUUCUUGACCCGCUAUUCGAAGACAACGUCCGCCUCGAGCCCGAAACGGUUGCGGCCCUGACACAUAUGCUUCUCUAUCGCAAUGAUCUAGAUGCAGUCUCCGAGUUGCUCCGUCCACGACUGGGCACAUAUGAGGACGACCAGAAGGCACCAGUGCGCGAUGCAGUCACGUCUUUCAUUUUGGAUAUGAGCCAGUCCGACACGGACACGUGGAAUGCAUACGAGUUUUUGAGAAUCGCAUUCCCAUACACGGGAGUCGCGAUCCGCACCAAGAUCAUGACUGCGUUUUUCGAGCGCCAACGGAGUGAUCUUGCCGUUUUGGUGUUUGGACACAUGCGUCAAUCUGAUGACUUCGGCCGUCGACCUAAACCCGACACUUACGCACGCUGUUUCCAAGGACUGGCCCGCACGGCCGAUGCCACUAACCUGGAACUCGUGCACAACAUGUUGAAAUUGGAUAUCGAGGUGGACCUCACCACUCGGAUCUUGAAUGGAUUAAUGAUGGCCUAUGCGGCGUGCGAGAUGCCAGAUAAGAGUAUGGCAAUCUUCCGCCAGAUCCUUCAGUCUUCAGAGGGUCCUUCGUCAAAGACUAUUACGAUCUUCUUCAAAGCCUGCGCAAAGCACCAUAACGGUGCCCAGGAGGCCAUGAAGUUGAUGAGUAAGGUCAAGAAGCUGGAAAUCGAUGUGGAUCGUGCUCUGUAUUCAGCUUAUAUGGAGGCGCUAGCAGCGCAGUGCGAGUUUGAACUCGCCUCUGAUGCCAUCAACAAGAUGCAAGCCGAAAUCGGGCUUCCCCCCACAAGCAACACUAUCGGAUUGUUUUACAAUGCUAUCCCGUACCAAUACUGGAAGGACGAGGUUGAAAAAUGGGCCAGGGAGAAAUAUCCUGAACAUUGGCAGCACUUGUUGACAAUGAAUCGCACCGAACACGAGGAAGGGCCGAAGUUUGAUGGCAUCUCAAACAAUGUGACAGUGUAA